AUUCGCUGCACUCUCAUGGCAGAGGGAAGGCAUGUUUUGUGAAGGGCCCAUUCAAUUCAAUGACGAGCAGAGUCGAGAGUAGUUUUAGUACAGAGGUGUGGAACUUUCAUUCAGUUAUUUCACUCGGAGUAAACUUGACCAACUUUUGAAUUGCCUAUGUGGAUAUCUACUGGAUAUACAGUAUGUUAUGAGCAUACAGUAGUACAUGGAUAGUUAUAGUGUAUCUCUCAUUUGAUCUGCCCAUCCUCGCUUGGUAUCUCAAUUUCUAUAACAUCAGCGAGUUUGUGUGGAAGUUUGGAUUAAUUCUCUUCACCGUGGAUUUAACAACACAUCUCGGAUUUCUAAAUUUGUUCAGCAAGUUUUGAUUAAAACGGCCUGAUUCAUCGAGCAUGGAAGCCAUGAUAAUGCUGCAAGCAGACGAUGCAUUGUUUACAUAGAAGUCUUUGUUAGAAUUUGGCUCAAAGUGUUACAUUGAAUGUCUUCAGAAGCCAGUGGUGGGUUAUAUAUAUUGCGGAUAUAUCUUCAGGUUUUCAUAGAUGGCCCCAAGACACCGAUAAUUGCUUUGGAAAACCCAAUAUUUUCACACCCGAGAGCGAAAUAAUUUGUGAUAAUCAGUUCGGAGUGUUGCUUGAUGAUGUACACAUGAGUUGACACACAUUGUGCAAGAUAUUGUUAUAAAGGACGAUCAGCUUUGACUAAAAGUAAAGUUUUCAAAGUGCAACUUCUUAAUAGGAAUAAGCGCGGGGAAAUGGAUAACACAUGAGCAGAUUAUCAUGUUGCUGCCUUCCUGGCGACCCAUUUCAUAUUAAUUCUGUGACAUAAUUCCGUGAAUUUCCCAGGUCUGAAUCUGCAGGAAUAAUUGGACAUUGUCAAGUUGAACAUUUCCUGGUUCACUGCUUCAAUGCAGUUUCAGAUUAAUCUAUUGAUUAUAUACGCUUAGUUUCCAUUAAAAAACACUUGCAGUUAUUGAAUGGAUAAUGAAAAUGAAAAUGAAAUUUUGGAUAACUUGUGAUUGAUUUCUGAGUCAUAUAUAAUACGGGCCUUGUGGAGUGACACAGAAAUUGCAUUUUAAUUCUGAUAUUUUGGAUUUCGAAACCUAUAUGCAAAAUGUCGGCAUUCGUAAGACAAGCAUCGGUCAGGAGGAGUAACUCACGCCAUUCGUUCCAGACCAACAUCCGCUCGCAGCUCAAUGAACAGUUACGCCUCCUGGACCAGAAGCUGGAAAUGCAGGUGGCGAUGAUCUCGGAGAUCCAGGAAUUCUACCGGCGGCGAGCAGAGGUCGAACAAGAAUACUCACGCAACAUGGACAGAUUAGUCAAGACGAUCAUGACGAAACACAAGGCAGAGAAACAAAAACGUGAUCAAUGGCCGUUGUUUUCUACAUACACUUGCUGGCAGACGUUACUCUCGAGCACACGGAAACUGAGCAAGGACCAUGGCCUGAUGGGAGAAAUCUACGGCAAUAUGAUGGUGCAGAGAUUGCAAGACAUCAACGACGAUGUCACCAUGAUAUCAAAAAGGUGUCGAGAAAUUGGAUAUGAAAGUCACGAAAAAGUAUUACAAGUGCUCAAUGAACUAUACAGUGCAAUGAAAUCGUACCACGUGUAUCACUCGGAGGCAGUGCAGGCGGAUGGCAAACUACGUGUGGUCGAGGCGGAGAAAACUAAAAUAGAAACCGAAUCAAAACGGGGCAUGCCCAAGAAGUUAAAAUCCCUGGAGAAGACGAUAGAGAAGAGACAGUCCAAGUACAAUGAAGCCAAGCUCAAGUCCCUGAAAGCUCGCAAUGAUUAUUUACUAUGCAUUGAUGCUGCUAAUGCUGCUGUCCAGAGGUAUUACGUGGAUGAUCUCUCAGAUCUUAUGGAUUGCAUGGAUGUGGGGUAUCACAAUUCCGUCAGCCGAGCCAUGAUGAUGCAUAACAGCAUCGACCAAAAUAUCGUCAAAUCUCGCGAAGCAAUCGUAGAACUUAUGGAUAAAAGUAUUUGUGAUAUAAACGCCAGGAAUGAUAAACAAAACUACAUUGACAAUAACAGCCAUGUGUUCUCACUGCCCAAGAAAUUUGAAUUCCAGCCACACCGGGAUGACGAGAUUGUCCAGAUAUGUGCUCAGUCAUCAGUGCAAGAUGAUCUGUUACAGAGGUACCAGCAGCUCGGCAGUCGACUCGACUCUCUACGACUAGAAAAUGACGAGACGUGGAAGACUUUAGAGGAGGCUGAGAAGGGCUUGAUUGAUAUGAUCAAUGUGAAGGACUUUGAUAUGACGGAGCUUUUCAACGAGGAGCGCAUUGUCAUGAAGACACAGCAGGAGUUACAGAGACGAAAGACACACAGGUUUGAGACGGAGGAAUACUAUUUAACUAAAUUCCACACAUAUAUGAUAGGGAAUAACCUGAUAGCAAGACUGCAGGCCAAGUUCAGCUCGAUUCAGAACGCACUUGGGGAAGGACAGUUAUCUCAGAUACCAAGACCCAAUCUACCUCCAAAGCCUAAAAAGAGAAGAAUAGGUCGGACGCCUGGCGGCAGUCAGUGCAAACUGUUCGGUGGCAAUCUCGAGGACUACGUUGAGAUGACGGGACAAGAGAUCCCGCUGGUCAUCCAGAGUUGCAUCCGCAUCAUCAACCUGUUUGGUCUUCAUCACCAGGGGAUAUUCAGAAUAUCAGGUGCACAAGUUGAGAUCAACGAGUUCAAGGGAAUGUUUGAAAAGGGUGACGAUCCAUUACUGGAGGUCGCGGAUGCCAAGGAUAUCAAUUCAGUCGCUGGGGUUCUCAAAUCGUACUUCAGGGAGCUUCAGGAGCCCCUCUUCCCACCUCACCUCUUCGAUGAGUUUAUAGCAGUAGGAAGAUGUUAUAAUGUUUCAGAGUUAGAAUCACGCCAGGAAUGGUUGGACCGUGUGAAAGAGUUAAUCCAGACGCUUCCUCGCUCAAUUGUGAUAGUCAUGAGAUACCUAUUUGCCUUCCUUUCGCAUUUGUCUGAAUACAGUGACGAGAACAUGAUGGAUCCGUACAACCUUGCCAUUUGCUUUGGGCCGACUCUCCUGCCCAUCCCGGCCGAUCGGGACCAAGUCCAGUUCCAUGGCAGCGUCAAUGAUCUCAUUAAGAACAUCCUUAUGCACCAGGAAGAGAUCUUUCCCAACGACGGCGGACCUGUGUAUGACAAGUUUAUCACAGGGUCUGAUGAAGGUGAUCGUGAUACCGACAACAUGGACCAGUUAGAUAAUCUGUCCGAAGAUGAUGUGGAAGUUAUUUUCCCUCCAAGCGAUGAUGUACCCUUAGAACCACACAAUUGGGUACCAGACUGGAAACCGAAACCAAGGACGCCGCAAGCUGAUUCCUGGAUUGAUCUGAUACUGGGGCGUUUACAAUUCCCGUCAGGAUUGCAUGCGGGACCCACUGUCUCGUGGAAUGUGGUAGAAACAGAAGCGGACGCGGGAAAAGAAGUGACUGCAUCCUACGACUUCCAGGGCCGCACUGAUCGUGAAAUAUCGUUCAAGAAGGGUGAUGUUCUGACUAUCUACAGCCAGGUGUCGGAUGACUGGUGGGAGGGCAGCUUCCAAGGCAAGGAUGGCUUGAUACCCGACAAAUAUGUCAAAGUCCCUCAUAGUGCUCUCUCAAGAAGAAGAGAAAAAGACAGAAAAGCGAGAACACUAGAGGACAAAAGACGAUCGACAGAGUCACUCCCGAUGAAACCAAAGAUACGUCUCUCCGCUGGUGAAGAAAUGGACAAGUCUCAGUCGCAACCAAACAUCGCGAUGUUGACCGAGCGGAAGACGUCGUCAUGCAGCAUCCACUCGACGGCGAGUUCAGCGUCUGCUACUAGCGAGGAGAUGGACCCGGAUACAGGCAGUAUGGACGAAUUAGAGAAACUCGAUGACACGAGCGUCAUUAUCGACAAAAAGGAAAAAACUACCGAGGAUUUGUCGUUGGAUAUUGACAACGCCCUCGCAGAGGUUAUGUCUGGGUUAGAAUCGCUCGAGAUGCAACAGCGUCAAGAUCUAGAAUCGUCCGAGAAGAAGAUCGCAUCGACUCUACCCAAGCAUACGCCAGAUUUGGUUCUCGGGUUGCCAACGAGUACUUCGUCUGGGUCUUCCUCACCUUCGGAGCAGAGGAGUGACCCGGAUAGUCCGGGCCUGUCCCUCAGUGCGGCAGAGACGUUCGCUAAGUCGAACCAGUCGACGAUUAAGAAACUGAAAGGUACUACGUUGCCGAGAAAUGUUGGUAGUACGAUUACGACAAGUCCGUUGAUUAAGGACGAAGGGUUGGUCAAACGGAGCAUAAGUGUUGACGAUAAAGCUAAGAGACUUUCAGACUCUUCAGAUAUGUCUAGCCCGGUUAAGUCAGACGUUGAUCGCAUUAAGCCAAUCACCGUACCGCAGUCGCGUAGAGAUAAACCGUUGCCACCUGUACCGGUUAAGGACUCACCAGUGCCUUCGCUGGAUGGUAAACGGAACUCUGAGGAGAACUUGCAAGCACCCUCACCUGGGCCACCACCGCCACCAAAACCAGCCAAAAUUAAGCCACCACUCAUGAAGAAACCAGAGGUGCCUGCAAAGUCGCCUCAACUCAGGCGCAAACUCACCAAAGUGACCGAAAACACUUGAGGGGGUUCUUAACUUAGGCUUCCAAUGAAUGUAGGUAGUGUGUCCCAAAAAUAUCUAUCGUGGAGCAAUUGAAGUGCAUGGACUAUAACUUUUGAACUUUUGUGAGUGCUGCCAUCUGUGAGUAAGAUGUGGAAGUGCUGAUGCCUGAAUUCAAUGUAGUCUUUUAUGAAGUACCAACCUUCGGGCUUUGUUGAUUUUGAUUGGAAAUCUGUGGGAAGUGCACCUACAUCAAGGAAUUUAUGAAUGACAACAAAAUAAAUGUCCACUUGGUCUAUGAGUGUCUGAGAGUGCCAAAUAAUGAAAAUUAUUGGGAUUAUGUCAUUUUUGGUGUUCUGUUGUGCGAUAUUUUAUGACUGAAUCCUGGGUUUGAAUUUGUAUGAAAUGUAUGAACCCAGGAGACAUGGUUGACAAAUGUCUCUUAAAAUUGAAAUAAUUCUUUGAGAUAGUUUUCAUAAAUUGGGAGUAUUUGCAAACAGACUAGUCGAUAGGUGCCAAACUAACUUGAAAGCCUUCUUUUUUUCUGGGACAAACUGUACGUUGUAGUACAUCAUAGUAUUAUGUAAGCACUAUAGGCUCAUGACAAAUAGCAAUUGAAUUAAAUGUUAAGACUCUACUGAGAGUUAUGCCUUGGUAUAUCAUGAGUGUUGCCAGACUUUGAAAGUGUUAGAGGGAAGGUUGUUCCAAAAUAAUUUUCAACCAUGAUUACAAAAUUUAGGUCUUGCACCUUAUUUUGUAAUUUCGGUCAAUUAUUUGAGAACUUUUGAAAUGUUUCCCUGAAUCAAGCAGGUUAUUGAGUUAUUUAGUUGUCCUGAAAUUUUUUCUGAAGAUUUUUAUGGCAGUAACCAGCACUUGCACCACUGUACGCACAUCUGAUGAUAGUGCCUGGCGCACUCUUUGCGAUCUUUAUAUUCCAGUUGUAGAAUCUCAGCGCCACCUUUAGACGCUGCUGGAGAAAACUUGUAUAGAUUAUGGUGCUGUGCACCUCAUUUAUUGUAUGCCACUUGGGCCAGUACUGCAGAGGAGGCGUGACCAUCGGACUGGUGAUGAUUUCUGAAUUACUUGUUGGCUGAUUCAUUCAGCCUUUAAGCACAAAUCCAUUACAAGCUUCGUUAAUCUGUCCAGGUGCUAACUUAUUUGUCCAAACUAUUGGUUAAAUUGAUUAAAUUCUGAAUAAGAAAAGUGGAACAAAAGCUAUUUGUACUUUCAUUUACAACUGCUGACUCUCUGACCAUGGCUGAAUGAACAUGUUAUUGGCAGUCUUCAUUUUGAGGUGCUGGAAAUACGUUAACCUAACGAUAAAAUUUGUAUGGCCUAAGCAAGGGUGAAGUUCAAACACCCAACAAUCUAAGAAGUUUUCACCAGUCUUGUGCAGGGUUGGUUGAUUGAUAAAAAUAUCCCAGUUAUAAUGGCUACCAUUAUUGCAGCAUUCUUAUUGGGACUCCCUGUUGUUCCUGCUGCUUAUGCUUGUUUGUAGAAACCAUGUAAGAUACAAUUUCAUACAUUUACUGAUGAGUGCUUCAUCAGUGUAUUUACUGCAGCUGGUAAAGUAUUUUUCGCGUUUCCAGUUUUGGCUGGUUAACUUUGGGUGCAAUUGAGAAAUCAUAAACUGCAUACUCUAAUUUCACCGAGCUAAGAUCAGUUGUUGAAUAUUUAAGUCUAGCUGGAUAUCAUGCUCUUGGUUGUUUGAUUUGGAUAGACAGUGCCUCGUGAUAUUAAGUUGUCCUCGGCUCAUGACUUCAUGUUCCAAUUUGGCCUUAAUUGUAAUCAGUAACUGGUCUUAGGGCGGUGAAACUAGAGUAGCUUCAUUUCAAAGUAUCUCUUCUCAUAAUCUUUGUUUACAUUUUGGAAUUGCAUAUUCAUGAAUCUAUUUAUGAAGUAACUGUUGAAAUGUGGGUUUAAAGGUAAUUUGGCUUCAUAGAAAAUGUUUGACAAUAUCUAUCAGCAUUGAUGUGUUUCCAGGUAUGUAGUUGUACAUAAAAAAUAUCCUGCUAUUCAAUGAAUUCACCCUGAAAUUUCAAAAGUAAUUUUUUGGCAUAUACUUUGAAGUGAAGUCUAGGCCCUCCAAUUUCAAACUGAUUUGUAAUUAAUUGAAUGUAAUAUAUAAUUUGUAAAGAUCUAUUGUGUAAUUAAGUGUGCGAGUGUAUAGAGUGGGAAUACAGUCAACCUUGCCUAUACUGGACUCGACCAGUAUUUUGGAUUUUGAAGUUUCAGAUGAAAUUUCAUUUUACUGCUGUAUUUUCUGGUUGGUUAUGUGAAAUAACCAACAAUCUGAUUGCCAUUUUUUCAUGAAACGGACUAUAGGAACUUUGACCUGGGACAUGGAAGAUUGAUUAUUUUCUGUGUGAAAUCAUCAAAAAUGUUUUUUUCGUGAGGUGGACGAUGAAAAUUUGGACGAUUGUUAUGACGGGAGUCUCCGGUAUAUUCAAGGUUUACUGUUUUUGUCUUGCCUUGUGAAUGUACGAAAAUUCAAUGAAAUUAUUUCUCGGCAAAGAAUUAGCAUGUAGUACGAGAAAGAUGAGCUUUCUUUUGUAAUAUAGAUCUGCCGGAUUGAACAUACAUGCUGUGACGUGAAAUGAAUUGGGAUUUUAUUGAGGAAAUUAUGGACUAGAAUAUGUGUGUGGAAGGUGUUACCGAACUGAAGAUUGGCUGCAUUUCUUGAGGUUUGAAAACUUUCUUCGGAAGUAGGCUGCGUAUUCUGUUAGCUUGUGGACUUGUUUUAUUGUCUCCGUUGCACUUCUCUGGCGCAGCCAAGGAGAAUGUCAAAUAAGCCAAACAAAAAUUAGUUUUGCAUGUGUGGACGGGGGGAGUCACAAGGUCACAAGUAAACAUGGAGCAAGAAAAAACUGUGCAAGCGAACAGUCUUGGAUACGCAGCCCUACAGAACUUUGAGUAAGGUCAGGUGUACAUAGAGAAAGGGUAGGUUUACUUGGAAUAGGUUUAGGUCACUGAUGGUCCCAUCUGGGGGUACGAUGCAGCGAUACAGAAAUGACAGGAGAUGUGCAUGGUGUAGAGAUUAUCAAUGAUGUAGUCUACUUGGUAUGUGCAUGCGUGUUGAGCAAGAUUAUAGGUUCUUUGAAGUACUGCACAUUGUACUGCUCAAUAGAACAUGUCCCUGUCAAACAAAACAUAUUCUGCAGCCUGUUUCAAGGUCUUGUAUAUGACAUACAUGAGAUGAUUUUUCUGACCAGUACAGUAAUUGUGAAAAAGUUAUUUAUGUGAUAUUCUGAUUAAUAUCAGACGAUUUAUAUCGGACGUAUUCUGAUUAUUAUCAGACGUGGUUUAUACCAGACGUAUUCUUAAUAUCUAGAAUUACUCUUGUAAAUUAUCUUAAAUUUGCUCUUUAUUCUAUGCAGUACUGAUAGUCAAUAUGGCUGUUCCCACUCAAUUAAUGAUUUGAUGUGUGCGCCUGUGUAUUGUAUUGAGUUAGUGUUUACAGCCUGGUACUGUUGGCCCUGGCUUUCAGUUACAAUCCCAUCAUAAGCAUAAAAAACGUGGAUCAGGAUCCCAGACUCGUACUAGUGGCACCACUUGUUUUUUUGGACAGACAUUUUUCCCCAGACCAGGGAGAUGGCUUAACCAUGCACUCCCUUUGAGGUUUGCGAAAUUUGCUCAGUGUAUCAAACAGGGUCCUACAGUUUAAAUGUGAACUUUAAAUUAAGUGUUAACACCGUUUUGUGCUGUGAGAAUGAUUCCAUUGGAAGCCCAUACUUGAGUUUGGAUAAUUUCAGUUAACCAUACUCCGUAGUGACCAGCUGCUCUUUGCAUAAUUCUUUCAGAAUAGACUUUAGAUACUACUAGCAACUUUUUGAAUGUGGUUAUCUUUGCUACGUGGUGCUUUCAUUUGUCUUAUGGUGGCUCACCGUACUAAAUUAUUUGAGACACUGGUAAUCAAAUAGAUUCAAAUAGAUUUGACUUCCGAGAUAGUUUCAUGUUCGUGUUUUUUUGGGGGGGAGAGAAUGUCGGUCAUGUCGUGUUGUUUGAUGUGCUAGGGCAUGAUGUUUUUCGAACAAUAUGCUGUCAAUUCAUCAUCUUAUUUGCUACUUGUUGUGGCUGCCAAGUCUGGGGGGGGGGGGGGGCACAGAUGAAACAUACCCUUACCCCAAUAAACCUCUAUUUCUCCCAUUCUCGACAAAUACUGGAUCCCUCCAGUGCUUAUUAUCUCCUGACAUCUGUGGUAACAACGUCUUUUUUCUGUAAAUUCCUGUUGUUCUGUGGUAUAUUUUCACAGUGUUACUUAAGGCUUUGUUUGGGUUCUGUUAUGGAAUGCUUGCUUUUACUAUCUUUAACUAAUUAUGCAAAUGAGCGCUGUACAGAGGUUGCCAAGAUUUAUAUCGUUUUAUUAUUAGUUGUAAUGCAAUAACUUUGUACACUGUAUGCCUAACUUGGAAUACUGUAUGCCUAACUUUGUACAUCUGAUGAGGUAUAUUUGUGUCCCAUGUUGAUGGGGGGUUUAAAUAAUAAACAAAGUAAGCCAUAAAUGA